AUGCAUAGAAGAAGGCCUCUGCUUGACUUCUCCGGUAAACAUUCCCAACAGAAAUCCAACCAAGCAGCGAAGAUAGUGGCCACCUCCAAGAUCACAGCCGCCUUUGCGCUUGCUCUCUCUGCGGCAGUUGCCUUUGCUGCUCUUACGGCCGAAAGAAGUCGAUCUGAGAUCCUAGGCGGUAUCGAACAGGACCCCGAGGGAUUUCUCCACUUCGCCGACGACGGCGUUGUUCGUUCAUACUCGGCCAACCGGACUGUCAUUGACUAUGCACCGCUCAGCAACAAGCAUCUCUUGGAGACCAUCAACGCCAAUCGUCCCUUUGUUGGUGAUGACUAUGAACAUCGGAUGGAGGUCUUCAAUGGUGUCGACGGCCAUAAUGUAACCGAUCUGAACCAGAUAUACGACCCGCCAGAGUGGCUUCGCCCGCAGCCUUCGUCCGCCGCUCAUCAAUCAAACGGUCGCAGUGAGGUAGCUAGAGACCCAGCAGCACUCCUCAACGCGCGUCAAGUCCCCCCCAUCUGCUUCGCCAACCGCGCCGUCAUCGACGCCGUUCCCCUCCGGCCAAACCUCAUCAAAGCCUACCUAGACCGCUAUCCGUUUGACCAGGAAAUCGAGGACAUGUAUCGCGGAGUCGAUGGCACGACUGUCCCGCGAGAUAAGUGGUUUUAUCCUGAUCCAAGCCUGCUGCCGCCACCGUUGAGCGCGGAGGAGGAGGCGGAGGCGGAGGCGCAGUUGGCUGAGAUCGAGGCGGAAUUGAAGCGCGCGAGCAAGGAAGGGACCAGUAAGGCUGAAAGAAGUGCUUGUGUUCCGAUUGUGAGAUCCAAUUAUAACUUGGACAUCAAAAGCAAGGCCGGGGAUCUCGACACAUAG